AUGACAAGCUUGCAAGACAAUCUUAAAGCUCAACUCUUAUCUCAGAUCUGUGAACAGAUGGAAGUCCUUACCAAAAAUUUCACAGAGAUAGAAACGGAAACCAUCCAAACCACCAUCUCUGAGUCCGUAAGUUUCAUUAAAACGGAUGAAGAAACUCCAAAAAGGACCCCGAAGAGUGGCGGGGGGUCUGGAAGUGGUGGUGGAUCAGGAGGAGGGCAUGGUGACGAACGAGAUAAUUAUAGAGGUGGAACCAAUUGGCGAUUCCAGAAUCUAGAUAUGCAUUUAUUUGAUGGAGAAAACCUAGAUGGUUGGAUUUAA